CUAGUACACAAUUGGACAAUGGAGACGAGGCAACGAAACCAUCCAGUUUUUGGCACCAACCCAAGCGAAACACCCACCGGUCUCCGGCGGCGACCUACCUACCACCCCCACCCUCCCCUUCCCAAGCAGAGCAGUAUAACCCAGCCAACUCGCCACCAGCCAAGAAAGCAAGAACCGCUGCUCCAAUGGCCUCCUUCUCCUCCCUCUCCACCCACGCCGCCUCCUCCUCAACCCCAUCCUUCACCCUCCCCAUCAAGCCCUCCCCCGGUACUAGCUCCGUCUCCUUGCCCAGGGCGAGGGAGUUGCAGACGUCCAGGACCAGGAUGGUGACGGUGAGGGCGGAGGCGGUGGACGCGUCCAUCAGCCCGCGGGUGAGCGCGCUCCGGCCGUCCAAGACCAUGGCCAUCACCGACCAGGCCACCGCGCUGCGGCAGGCCGGGGUGCCCGUCAUCGGUCUCGCCGCCGGGGAGCCGGACUUCGACACGCCGGCCGCGAUCGCCGAGGCUGGGAUGAAUGCAAUCAGGGAUGGCUCGACAAGAUACACGCCCAAUGCCGGGACUCUGGAGCUAAGGAAGGCUAUCUGCAAAAAGCUUCAGGAGGAGAACGGUCUAUCUUACUCUCCGGAUCAGGUGCUUGUGAGUAAUGGAGCCAAGCAGUGCAUUACACAAGCUGUCCUUGCCGUUUGCUCACCUGGUGACGAAGUUUUGAUACCGGCACCAUAUUGGGUCAGCUACCCUGAGAUGGCUACGUUGGCUGGUGCAACGCCAGUGAUUCUUCCUACAAGCAUAUCAGACAAUUACCUGUUAAGGCCAGAGUCACUUGCCUCGGUGAUCAAUGAAAAGUCACGGAUCUUGAUUCUCUGCUCUCCAUCUAAUCCAACAGGGUCUGUGUAUCCUAAGGAACUGCUUGAGGAGAUUGCUGGUAUAGUCAGGAAGCAUCCUAGGCUUCUGGUUUUAUCUGAUGAGAUCUAUGAGCAUAUUAUCUAUCAACCUGCUAAACACACAAGCUUCGCUGCACUGCCUGGAAUGUGGGAAAGAACAUUAACUGUAAAUGGGUUUUCUAAGGCUUUUGCUAUGACUGGCUGGAGACUUGGAUACUUAGCUGCCCCUAAACAUUUUGUCUCAGCCUGCGGAAAGAUCCAAAGCCAGUACACCUCGGGCGCCAGUAGUAUAUCACAGAAGGCAGGGCUUGCAGCUUUGAACCUAGGUUAUGCCGGUGGUGAAGCAGUAUCAACCAUGGUCAAAGCAUUCCAAGAGCGCCGUGAUUAUCUUGUAAGAAGUUUUAGGGAGCUGCCAGGAGUCAAAAUAUCAGAACCUCAGGCAACCUUCUAUUUGUUUAUCGACUUCAGCUCCUAUUACGGGUCUGAGGUGGAAGGUUUUGGCACUAUCAAUGACUCUGAGUCCCUCUGCAUGUUCCUGUUAGAAAAAGCACAGGUUGCGCUUGUCCCUGGGGAUGCAUUUGGAGAUGACAAGGGUGUUCGCAUUUCAUACGCUGCAGCUAUGUCAACACUGCAAACUGCAAUGGGGAGGAUAAAUGAAGCAAUGACUCUGCUCAGGCCCCCUGUUGCCGUCGAAUGAAACCAACGCCUCGCUAGUCAGUAGUGGACGAAAGGCACCUUCACUUGCAAUGCUCUAUCAGGUUAAAUACAUGUUUCAUUGAUGUAAAAUGGGAUUCAUCUUUUUUUUUUCCUUUCCUUUUGGAAAAAACUGCAAAGAAUCUGCUUUCAUUGACUUUACUUUUGUUUGUAAGUGAAACGUUUGGAAUCUAUACUUGUGACACGGAACAACGGAACUCGGCAACGUUUUUUACCUGCAAAAAUAGAAAUGGAAAACAGGUUUUUUUUUUUU